AUAUAUGUUUUUUUAAUGUUUCCUUUACCAGGAUUCAAUGUGGAGACAGUGGAGUACAAGAACAUAAGCUUUACUGUUUGGGAUGUUGGCGGUCAAGACAAGAUCCGCCCGCUAUGGAGGCAUUACUUCCAGAACACACAGGGGCUCAUUUUUGUGGUGGACAGCAACGAUCGUGACCGUGUUGUUGAAGCCAGAGACGAGCUCCACAGAAUGUUGAAUGAGGAUGAGUUGAGAGAUGCCGUCCUGCUUGUGUUUGCCAACAAACAAGACCUUCCCAACGCCAUGAAUGCGGCUGAAAUUACCGACAAACUUGGCCUCCACUCUCUUCGUCA